UAUUUGCUAUGUUUAGCAAAAAAGCUGAAGGUUGCGAAGGAGUAGGAACAAAAAUAGGCUAAAUCCCCUAUUUGCACUUUAUAUAUUAUUUUUUUCACAAUCAACACCCUCUAUAAUUUUUACUCUUGGUCGACACCUUUCAUAAUUUGAAAUCACCAAAGAAAAUCCAACUAGAGACAACAAUCAGAGUAGAUCAAGUUCACCAAAGAACAAAUAUAAAUAAUGACAAGAACUCUGCUAUACCAUUUGGGUGAGAAAGACUCAGUGAAAGUCCUUCACUUGCAGUUCCACCAAAAUGGCACUGAGAGUGGUGAUGCUAAAACAUGUUGAGGUCAGCUCUGGUCCUAUCUUAGGACUCAGGAGGUUGGCCCACUCUGCUGCACUUCCUCUACAAUUGGAUUACCCGAUUGGUCAACCAACAACACCCCAACCUUUUGUUUUGCCAGAAAUGGAAGGAAUGCCAAAUAAGAACAAUAAAAAUGAUAAUGGGCUCGGAUUCCCAUCUUUCUCUUUUAGUGGAUCCAUGGAGCUCAUGACUGAACCCAAGAGAAAGACGACUCCCCAUAAGAGAGGAAUACGAAAUGGACCAAAGGCUUUGAAACCUGUUCCAGUGAUUAUCCGAUGCAAGUAAGGAUUUUUCAAAAAAUGAGUUGUGGUAGGGUUAAGCUGCCUCACUUCUAUUGUUGCAGUGGAGAGAGAGGAGCAACAGGUGAACGUAGUGGCAGUGGCUCAUCUAAUUGAUCAGGUUUUCUAUAUGCUCGUGCAGUCAAAGAGAUACAUAGUUAGCUUUCGAUUUUCAUGUUUUAUUAGAUGGUUAACGCCUCGUUUGGUAUGGUUUUAGUUUUUUGUUUUAGUUUAAAUAAAUAUUGUAACUCUAAACAAAAAAUUCAUUUAGUUUCAUGCAUGUUGACAAUAUAUUAUUAUGAUCAUUAAAAAAAGAACAAGUUUAUUUUUUUAAUUUUCAAUGUUAAAAUUUGUUUUAAAUAAAGUAUUAGUUUUUUU